AUGUCUUCCAACCCGCCUCCUCCAGGUGGCGGGCCACCUUUGACGAACAAUGCACCUCCUGGUGCCUUGAACGCACAGCCAACUGCCAAUAACCCAGCUCAACAUGUUCCCAAUAGUUCCAAUGUACAAGCAGCCGCUAUCAACGUCCCGCAGACUGCUGCCAACCCUCGGCCGACGGCUGUCCCUCUGGCUCCUUCUCGGGCCCGAGCCUCAGCUGGAGACGAGCUUAUCAACGCCCCGGAGCGAGAACUACAAAUGUUGACUGAUGGUCUGCGCGAACGUCUGGAAGAAGCUGUCAAACGCGAAGCUCGAACAAACCAAGAGCUUGAGGAUAUGGGUCUUGACCCUCGAGAGUAUGAUGAAGACGAGAUCAUGAACAGCGUUCCGAAUGUUUCAGUCGUGGAUUACGAAGACCUUUCAGGUCCGCACAAAAGACUCAAAUUCUCUCGGGCUUACAUCGAUGGCAUGUUCGGCGGCGUAGACCCCUACGAAGCUGAUAAAAAGAAAGACGAGGUGAACGAGCUUACCCUGAGUCUCAAGCACGCCAGUCUCGAUAUGAUCUCUGCCCUUUGCAUCAACCUCGAGCUAGCUAUCGAGAUCGGUAAGCAUUUACGACCACAAGACAUCGUCAAUCUGUACAUUGCUAGCCGCUCCUUUCGCACAGCGGUUAAUGGCCAUAUGCUGUCCUGCAUUCGAAUGUGGAUUGACAGUAGAUCGCCUGAAGCUGGAAAGGUCUUCCACUGGAAACUCUAUGGCAAGAUGCUGGUCAGGGAUCCCCAGGAGCGCAAGUCCGCGGUAAACAACGCGCAGCAUCUCGAGGCCCGCUGGAACAGCGUAAAGUUAAACCCCAAAAGCAUCCGCCUGAUCCCUGGCUUCAGGUAUCUCAAGAUGGUCUUGUCUCGCGAGCGCUGUUGUCGAGAGAUUCUCGCCAUGAUGGCCCGCAUGGGCUUCCUCAUGCCUGAAUCAAUGUACAGUACCUUGCUGCGACUCUGGGUGCUCAUGGAGAUUUCGACUACUCGCCAGAGACAACUCUUUCUCAGAAAUGAGAAGUAUUGGACCGACCAGCACCUCUAUAAUGUGCAGUUCUUUCUUGUCAAGCUCGCCAUGGCUUUUAAUCACCCCUUCUUCCAUCCUAUCAAACUUGAUAUGGUUCAUCUCAUGAUGGGACAGAAAGGGCUCCAUCCCUUGUGGCAACUGCUAAUGAAACAGAGAUACACGAACCUCUCAGAGCUCAUGGAGCUCAAGACACGCUAUGACCUGCGCUUCCCCCGAAGUGUCUGGACCAACAUCCUACUACACGACCACCCCAAGGCGUACAAUGUCCCUAUCAGACAGGUUGGUCUUGGCCACAUGGAAGGCUGGGGCAAAGGAUUCCGUCACCUUUCACGCCCUGAUGAGCUCUUUCCCAUCGAAGCGACCUAUCGUGGGCUUGAUCUCGAAAAGCACAUUUCCCAGAUGAUGAUCUGGGGUUACAUCGAUUUCGAAACAGGAGAGAACAUCGUUCCUACAGAAGACGACAUGUACAUUUCAGACGAAGAGGAGAAGUUGGGCAGAGUCGACACUUCAUACUUCUGGCAGCGCAAGCAUGCUUUGAAGAAGUGUUGGAACGAGCUCUCGUCAGAGGUACAGGAGGAGAUCAAAGAAGACGACAACGACGAGCGCUUGCGAGGUAUGGCGUGGUCGACAGAAGGCCAGUAUAACUGGCGUGGAGAAUGGGAGAGCGGUUCCGAGUCCGAUUCAGAAGACGACCGCGAGUACGAUAUAAACGAAGAAAUUGAGCGUGGUUACCGUUUACCUUCCCUGUUUGGAAAGCACCCAAAGAAAGCCGACGCCGACAAAGACGAUGACACCAGAGAGGAGAGUCCGCUCCUCACGUUUGGAGAAAAUGCAGAGGACUGGAAUAACACUAUCACUGAACUCUUCAUCAACUCGAACCCGCAAGUGACCCGUGAACAGUGGGAUGAGGCCAGAGCAUGGCAUGACUACAUGGAAGAUGGAAACUCGGGCCCUUACCCAACUGGUCCUGGCCGUGAAAACGAGACGUUUUUUUCGCAGACCUAUGCGCAAGAGCUUGCGCAAAACCAGCUUGACAUUGCCGAAGCCCGGCGCAAUGAAAACACUGCGGAUGACGAGGAUGAGGAGUACGAUGAAAGUGUUGAGGAUGAAAAUGAGGACGCGGACGAUGAUGAAGAUCUCAUCAAUAAUGGCCAGUAA